AUGACAAUUAUUGUUGCUUCGCUGUUUCUGCCCUUCCAGCCAGAGUUCAAAGUUGACGAUUCUGAGUUUAAAGCUGCCGAAUUAGCAGAGAGUAAGCUGGUCAAAUUGGAUAGCCUCGAUGUCGAUUCCAUUGUGAACAAGCCGAAGAGGUCCAGUUCCGUGCACUCGAACCCACCGUUUCUGAAAAGCUCGAAGGAAAUCCCCAAUGAGCCCACUGUCCUCGAGGACGUGCCUGUAGUCAGCUCUGAACAGUUUUUGGAGAACUUGACAGCACAUGCCCAGAACCCAAUCAACACAACAGCCACAGAGACAAACAGCAACCCAGUCAAUACCAACAGAGAAUCCGUGGAGGAGUUCUUUAACGCAGCCAACCCGGAGGAUGAAUUGGCCGCUGAUGGGCCCGCCUCGGACGUCGCCGUCGAUUCUGGGUCCGGUCACCCAGCAUCACUGAAUGCCGUGUUCAGCAAGUUAGGUGGCGCCCAUUCUUCUGACGCUGCCUCUAAGACUGUGGUAAGACCAAAGUCUCGGCCAAUCCCAGAUUUCACAGCAGCCGUAGUGGACGUUGCUAAGCUCAAACAGAUGCAUAUUGAGAUGAACGCUCAACCCUCGAUGAAAAGGGUGCCCGUAUCUGCUGUACCAGAGACCUCAUUGGAACUUGUUGAGGAGGUGUCCGAAGACGAAUCAGACUUGGAAACUGAGUCAAGACAAGAUUACGUUGUACCCCAAUUUGGGGGGUUCUCAUCUACCAAGGGAGGACCCACCUCUCAAAGACUGAAAAACUCGUAUGAACUCUUCGCGCAAUUGCCCUGGUCCAUUGUCCCAAAUGAAAAAGGUAAUGGUGCUUUGAAAAAUGCAAUGUUCAUCGGUACGAACGAGAAGACAAUAACUGAUGAAGUAGAGUGGGUCGGCACUGUUGGUAUCCCAACUGACGAGAUCCCUCCUGAUAUCAGCACAGCUAUUACCAACAAAUUAAAGGAUGAGUUCAAUUGUACUGCAGUGGUUUCUGACGACGUCACUUUCAAAGGUGCCUACAAGAAUUUCUGUAAACAGAUUUUAUGGCCCACUUUACACUACCAGAUUCCAGAUAACCCAAAUUCAAAGGCUUUUGAGGACCACUCUUGGAACUAUUAUAAAGAUUUGAACCAACUGUUUGCCAACAAGAUAGCACAGGUGUAUAAAGAGGGUGAUACGAUUUGGAUUCAUGAUUACCAUUUGCUGCUAGUACCACAAAUGGUAAGAAAAUUGUUGCCUCACGCGAAAAUUGGGUUUUUCUUGCAUGUAUCUUUCCCCAGUAGUGAAGUCUUCAAGUGCUUUGCUCAAAGAGAAAAGAUCCUGAAGGGUAUCCUUGGUGCUAACUGUGUUGGCUUCCAAACCACAGAAUACGCAAGACAUUUCCUACAGACGUCAAGCAGAUUGUUGAUGGCCGAUGUGACCAAGGAAGAUGCACUGAAGUACAAGGGCUGUAUUAUCUCUGUGAAGAGUGUCCCUGUCGGUAUCGACACUUUCUCACUGUUUGACCAGUUGAAGAAGGAAAAAGUCCAAUCGUGGCGUAACAUGAUAAAGGAGAGGUGGGCAGGUAAGAAAUUGAUCAUAUGUAGGGAUCAAUCUGAUAAGAUCCGUGGUAUCAACAAGAAAAUGCUUGCAUAUGAACGGUUUUUGUUGGAAAACCCAUCAUAUAUUGGCAACAUUGUUCUGAUUCAAAUAUUUUUGGGUAAGUCAGAGGACAACGAGGACCAAAAGCAAGUGAUGUUGAUUGUGGAUAGGAUCAAUUCUUUGUCGUCCAAUAUCAGCAUGUCGCAGCCUGUUGUCUUUUUGCAUAAAGAGUUGGAAUUUGAACAGUACUUGGCUUUAAACUCGGAAGCUGAUCUGUUUUUCGUCAAUUCUUUGAGAGAGGGUAUGAAUCUAACAUGUCACGAGUUUCUUGCCUCCUCUGAACAAAAGAAUGCACCUUUACUUUUGUCUGAAUUUACAGGCAGCGCCUCUGUGUUAGGUGAGGGUUCCAUUUUGAUAAAUCCAUGGGAUAUAAAACACGUUUCGAAAUCGAUUAAAAGAGGGUUAGAGAUGCCUUGUCAGGAAAGGAGACGUAAUUGGAAAUCUUUAAUGAAAGUCAUCAUCGAGAAUGACUCCGACAAUUGGGUUAAGACUUGUUUGCAGGGCAUUGAUAACGCUUGGGAGUCCAGUCAAGAGAGGAAUACGGUAUUUAAUCUAUCAUACGAUACGUUGUACGAAGACUAUAAGAAAUCAAAAAAGCGCAUGUUUAUCUUCAAGAUUUCUGAGCCACCUACAGGGAGGACGAUCACGUUUUUGAACGAAUUGACCGCCAAAAACAUUGUAUUCGUCAUGAACUCACACACGAAAGCCACGUUGGAGCGUCUGUACGCACGUGUCCCUAAUCUUGGGUUGAUUGCAGAGAAUGGUGCUUACGUGAGAAUUAAUGACUUGUGGUACAACAUUGUCCAGCAAGUUAAUUGGAAAUCGCAGGUGAUCAAAAUUUUGGACGAUAAGAUUGAAAGACUUCCCGGCUCUUACUACAAGAUUGCUGAGUCCAUGAUCCGGUUCCACACUGAAAAUGCGGAGGAUCAGGAUCGGGUAGCUGGUGUUAUUGGUGAGGCUAUCACGCACAUCAACACGUUAUUUUACGACAAAAACGUACACGCGUACAUUCACAAGGGCAUUUUGUUUGUGCAAGAGACAGGUUUGUCGUUGGCUGCGUUCCAAUUUUUGAUGAAUGUGUAUAACACCAGCUCCUCGGCCAACAGUACGGUAACGGGUGACUCCCAGGAUAUAAUAGAGUUCAUCAGCAUCACGGGUUCGUCGUCCCCUGUCAUUGAGCCACUGUUCAACUGUAUCAAGGAGGAGCAGAAUGCUAAGAAAAUACAGAAUGGGCACGGGAUCGUGUAUGGAGACACCAGUUCUACAAACGCUAAGGAGCACGUCAACGGUCUCAACGAACUGCUUAUUGUGUUGCAGAAGUUAUUGGAUUCAUCUGAAUGA